CGCACUGGGUGUCUACGCAGGACGCGAAGUGAGCAAGUGAAGGGCCGAGAUUCAGGCAGGCAGGCAGGCACGCACGGACGGACGUUGAGUUGGGAGUUGAAGCAGGGACAAACAUCUCUAACGAUAAAAACACAUCAACAAACGCGUCUUGUGCACUGGACACUGGCGUAACCAAGCCUUGCUCGACCAGUUAGUAAGUAAUAUUAACUUAGUUAACUCAAGCUCACUUCUCCACGGUGCCUGGACUGACCCACCCACAAGGACCACCCGGGGCCGAUGCUGACAAUCCGGCCCGGAUCACGGCAACGCAAGGAGCCGCCGCAGACAUGCAGCCGCAGCAAAUAUACGACUUUUCAAGUGACGAGAACAGUCACAAAUGGCGAGGCCUCUUCGUGCAAGCGUUGCGAAAGGUUCAGUUGCAGGUUCAUCCCAACCUGUCAGCCAAGGAGGACGCUCUCCAGCACAUCGAGGAGCUCAUCCUUCAGCUGCUCAACAUGCUGUGUGUGGCCCAGCCGCGCUCCGUCCAGGACGUGGAGGAGCGCGUCCAGAAGACCUUCCCCCACCCCAUAGAUAAAUGGGCCAUUGCUGACGCCCAGUCGGCCAUUGAGAAGAGGAAGAGGAGGAAUCCACUACUGCUCCCUGUCGAUAAGAUACACCCCCUGCUCAAGGAAGUGCUGGGAUAUAAGAUCGAUUACCAUGUGUCUCUGUACAUUGUGGCCGUGCUGGAGUACAUAUCGGCCGACAUCCUAAAGCUGGCCGGAAACUACGUGGGCAACAUCAGACACUACGAGAUCAGCCAGCAGGACAUCAAGGUGUCCAUGUGUGCGGACAAGGUCCUGAUGGACAUGUUUGACCAGGACGAGGACAUUGGUCUGGUGUCUCAGUGUACGGAGGAGCCUUCGUCUUCAGGGGAGCUGACCUACGAUGACCUGGUGCGCCUCGAAAUAGCAGAGGAGCGUCAGUACCUUCGGGAACUCGACCUCAUACUCAAGGUGUUUCGACAUCACUUCUUGUACAACAACAAUAUCUUCACGUCACAGGAUGUGGAGGUGAUCUUCAGCAACAUCUUGGACAUCCAUGAGCUGACCGUGAAGCUUCUCGGGCUGAUUGAGGAUGCAGUGGAGAUGACAGCUGACGGGAGCCCUCAUCCUCUGGUGGGCAGCUGCUUUGAAGACCUGGCGGAGGAGCAGGCAUUUGAUCCCUACGAAACCCUCAGUCAGGACAUUCUGUCCAGGCAGUUCCACGAGCACUUCAGCAGCCUCAUGGCCCGACACACCGUGGCACUGUACUUCCAGUCCGUAGCAGAAGGCUUCAGAGAGGCGGUCCAGUAUGUUCUUCCACAGCUGAUGAUGGUUCCUGUUUAUCACUGUUUGCACUACUUUGAACUACUUCAGCAGUUGCAGGAGCGCAGCAAGGACCAGGAUGACCGGGAGUGCCUGAAGCAGGCCAUCACGGCUCUCCUAAACCUGCAGUGCAGCGUGGAGCGCAUCUACACCAAACACCUGCCGCGACGCAAGCCUGGGGAGCCCAUGUACCGUCUGUAUAGUCGUCAGGUGCGUAGCAAGCACCUGGCGAUCAAGCGGAUGAAUGAGAUCCAGAAGAGCAUUGACGGCUGGGAGGGGAAGGACAUCGGCCAGUGCUGUUCAGAGUUCAUCCUGGAGGGGGCGCUCCUCCGCGCUGGGGCCAAACACGAGCGGCACAACUUCCUGUUCGACGGCCUCAUGAUCAGCUGCAAGGCCAACCAGAGCUCGCGGCUCCCCGGUUCCGGGAGCGGGGCGGAGUUUCGCCUGAAGGAGAAGUUUGUUCUGCGGAAAGUCCGCAUCGUGGACCGCGAGGACUCCGCGGAGCUGAAGAACGCCUUCGAGUUCGUCGGCAAGGACGAGAACUGCGCCGUGUUCUGCGCCCGCUCGGCGGAGGAGAAGGGGGCCUGGAUGGCGGCGCUGGUGACCCUGCAGUACCGCUCCACACUGGACCGCAUGCUGGACACGGUGCUGCAGCAUGAGGAACAGGCCCAGCCCCUGCGCCUCCCGUCCCCGGAGCUGUACCGCUUCGCUGUGCAGGACUCAGAGGAGAACAUUGUGUUUGAGGACCGGGUCCAGAGCAAGACCGGCAUUCCCAUCAUAAAGGCGGGGACGGUGGUGAAGCUCAUCGAGAGGCUCACCUACCACAUGUACGCCGACCCCAACUUCGUACGCACCUUUCUGACCACCUACCGCUCCUUCUGCAAGCCCAACGAGCUCCUCGGCCUGCUGAUUGACAGGAUUGAGAUCCCAGAGCCAGAACCCACUGAGGCAGACAAACAGGCUCUAUGGAACGGGGAUCAGCCAAUGGCGGCAGAGCUCCAGAGGUUCCGCCGGGAGUACGUCCAACCUGUCCAACUAAGGGUUCUAAAUGUGUUCCGUCAGUGGGUGGAACAUCAUUUCUACGACUUUGAGAAUGACCCUGAGCUCCGAUGCCGACUGGAGGAGUACAUCACCGGCAUCAUACAGCUACGAGGCAAGUCUAUGAGGAAGUGGGUGGAAUCCAUCAACAAGAUCAUCAAGAGAAAGAUACAGACGCAGUCCAAUGGUGUCAGCCAUAACAUCACUUUCGAGAGUCCGCCCCCGCCAAUCGAGUGGCACAUCAGUCGUCAGAUAGACACCUUUGACCUGAUGACCCUUCACCCUAUAGAGAUUGCCCGUCAGCUCACCCUGCUGGAGUCAGAACUCUACAGGGCUGUUCGACCGUCUGAACUGGUGGGAAGCGUCUGGACCAAGGAGGACAAGGAGAAAAACUCUCCCAACCUGCUCAGAAUGAUCCGCCACACCACCAACCUCACACUCUGGUUUGAGAAGUGCAUCGUGGAGGCGGAGAACCUGGACGAGAGGGUGGCUGUGUUCACGCGGGUCAUUGAGAUCCUCCAGGUGUUUCAGGAGCUCAACAACUUCAACGGUGUCCUGGAGGUCGUCUCUGCCAUCAACUCUGUCCCAGUGUACCGCCUAGACCACACCUUUGAGGCGGUCCCAGAGAGGAAAAAGCGUAUCCUAGAGGAGGCAGUGGAACUGAGCCAGGACCAUUUCAAGAAGUACCUGGCCAAGCUCAAGUCCAUCAACCCCCCCUGUGUGCCUUUUUUCGGUAUCUACCUGACCAACAUACUGAAGACUGAGGAGGGCAAUCCGGACUUCCUCAAGAGACACGGCAAGGAGCUGAUCAACUUCAGCAAGAGACGGAAGGUAGCAGAGAUCACUGGAGAGAUUCAGCAGUACCAGAACCAGCCCUACUGCCUCAAGGUGGAACAUGACAUCAAGAGGUUCUUUGAGAAUCUGAACCCCAUGGGGUCUAUGAGUGAGAAGGAGUUCUCUGACUACCUGUUCAACAAGUCUCAGGAGAUUGAGCCCCGCAACUGCAAGCAGCCCCCGCGAAUUCAAAGGAAGACCACGUACACCCUGAAGUCACCGGGGAUUCGGCCAGUGCGCACCUCCACAUCGGGGACUCUGAAGGGUCACCCGGUUCCCCUGGAGAGAGAGCCGCCCCAUAAGAUCACGUUCAGAAGCAUCGCUGAAGCGGAGCCUGAGAUCACAGCCUCCACGGUCUCUGUCCCCACAUCCCCCAACACCCCCACCCCUCCCCAGUCUGCAUCCUCCGACGUCAGCUCUGUAUUCAUGGAGCACGACCUCAGCAGCAGUUACGGUGGCUCCAGCUCUCUGUUGAGUCACUUAUCUGGAGGAAGCUCCAUAUUUGCUACUGUUAUGUUCCCGUCUCCCAAGCUCCAGUCAGUAUCCUGUGGCAGCCUUCAUCAGCUGGGUGAGGAGCUGAUGAAACCCCCUCCUCUUCCCCCACGCCGGAAAGACACCUUCUCUGAAAUCAAGUUAAGCUCCAGGACUGACAGUCCUCCAGCCAUCCCCCCCAGGCUGCCCCCACCUCUCCCCAGAACCCAGCAUCGCGCACCAGUCUACAACGGCCCGGGCGAUGGGCCGCUCCCCAGCCCCCCGCCUCCACCUCCCCGGGACCCCCAGCCAGACACCCCUCCGCCCGUUCCCCAGCGACCCCCAGAGAUCUUCAUCAACUAUCCUCUAAACCUCCAGCCUUCCCCGGUCGGACGUUUCCACUGGGACUUCCCCAGUAGCUCCCCCUCGUCCCCCGGGACCCCACCGGGCACCCCCUCCCCCCGCAUCCCUCGACGGAGCUGCCCACUCAGCGCCAGCCAGAACAGUCUUUGCCCCCUGCCCACCGUGGCCCCGCCCGUCCCCCCACGCCACAACUCCACCUCCUCCCCUCAGCUCCCCAAGCUCCCACCAAAGACCUACAAGAGGGAGAUGUUGGCGCCUCCCUUACAGAGCCUCUCACUGGUGGAGAACACGGACGCUAGCCAGUGACCUGGUUCAUCUCUAGUUUUUUUUUUUUUGGCAUCGUCAUGGAAACCCCGUGUGAACUCACAACCCGUGCACACUGUGUGUCAGACUAGACUCGGAGCCAAAUGACAACAAAUUGUGAUUUUAAAGCUACUGAUCAUAACGAGAAGGCUUACUUAGUUUCCAGCCACACUCCAAACCCCACCCACUCAUGUCCUACGUUGGCCAAUCACGUCACGCCACCUCCUCUCAGGGGCUCAGUAGUGCCACCCUCAUUUCAAGCCCUCUGUGCCAAUGGGUAAUCCAGCCGGCCAAUGAACAAGCAAUGAGCUUCAAAACACUGAUUCAAACUCCUACUGUGUGUGUGUACUGAGGGAUGUUUGUGGGUUAACAUGUCACACACGUGCAUGACACAACACGUCACUGUGCUAUUUCCUUCAGGCAGAUUACCCAGACUAGAGUAGACCACUGGCCCUGCUCUCCUACCCCAGCAGGGAGAGGGGUGGCUGGGUCCGAGCUUUACCCCAGCAGGGAGAGGGGUGGCUGGGUCUGAGCUUUACCCCAGCAGGGAGAGGGGUGGGUGGGUCCGAGCUUUACCCCAGCAGGGAGAGGGGUGGGUGGGUCCGAGCUUUACCCCAGCAGGGAGAGAGGUGGCUGGGUCCGAGCUUUACCCCAGCAGGAAGAGGGGUGGCUGGGUCCGAGCUAUCCAGCCUUUCCUGGUCCGAUAGGGUAGACCUGGUAUGACAUGGCAUGGACAGACUGCCAUGAUACUGAAUGUGGUUCUAUGGGCAUUCUCACACUAGGAGCAGCAAUCACUGACUGACCCAUUGGUCUGACUGACUGGCUGACUCACUUGACCUGACUGGCUUUCUGACUAACUCACUUUACUGACUGGCUGGCUGACUCAGCUGGCCUGACUGACUCGUUUUACUCUUUUCCUGACCUCAAAGCUCUUUGAGGAUGACCCAUUCUACACCCGGUUAUCUGUCGAGGAGCCUUGGUUAUUUGAGGCCUCUGCUGUCUCUUGCCGUUCUGGUGUUUGGGUUUCCCUACUAACUCAAAUGUAGCGGCCAAAGUCUUAUUUUAUGCAUGAGGAUGGAUAACUAAGGGAUUUCUGUUUAGUUUUUUAGAAUGGCUAAAAUGGAGGCAAGGAGCCUGUUAUAUUUAUUCAGACCUGAACUGUGUGACACUGAACCCCCCCCCCUCCUCUUUUCUGCCUCUUGCCUGGAAACCUGACGCCCUGGACGAAAACCACACAGUCCUGGUCCUGGGGCCACGCUCCAAAUCAAAUGUUGCCUUUAACCCACAGCACUGACCUCUGACCCAAGGCAGGCAGCCAAUCAGAAUGAGAGAAGAAGAAUAAUGUCAAAAGCGGGGAUGUCCUGCAAGUUCUCCGGUCAUGUGAUGGAGCGGUCUCCUUAUAAUGCAAACGAAGCCCGCGUUAAAUCAAAGAGGAGGAGGGGGCGUCGGUUGGUCUGUCUGUCUACUGUAACCAUAGCAGCCUUUCUUUUCCCAGCUCUGCGAGUUCAGCCGGUCCCAGAUGUCAUCUGUUGUGGCCUACUCCAUCGACAGUGUCAAACCAAGUCUUUGAUGUGACCGUUCAAUAAGGAGUUGGCAGUAGAACAGAAACGGAAGGGAAACCCGGCUAGCUGGGAUGAUGUCUUAAAACCCAACGGGCCGGCGUGCUGCUGUGUCCAACACUGUACUUCUUCUAAAGUCCGCUACUGUAACGGCCAUCCAGGUCACUGCGGGAAGUUCGGCCCUGGACGCAUGCAGAAACCCAGUCAAAGUCCUGGGACUAAAGGAACGUCUAGCUCCCCUAGUGGCCCAAAUGGGGAGUGAUCCGCGGCACCCCUAGUGGAGAAAGUGGGGACUGUUUCACGGCACCCCUAGUGGACAAGGUGGGGAUUGCUCCACAGCACCUCUAGUGGACAAGGUGGGGAUUGCUCCACAGUACCCCUAGUGGGAGUCUCAUUACUCAGAGAGGAGCCUCUAUUAGCCAGAUGUUCAUGUCCCCUCUUUUUCAGAAAUACCUAUUCAUUUUAAAAGACUGAAAUAACAUGCAUCAUGCUCAGAUGUGCCUUUUAUUUUGUUUCCUAUUUUACAGAGUAAGCAAAAGGUGUCUAAAAUGCUAUAAAAAAAAAAAAACAACAAAAGAAAAUAAUACAGUUGCCUAUGUAAUGCUUAGAACAAAAGCUAUACACUACAAAAAUUGUACAGGUUUGUGGAUACUGUGUAUAUAACAUCUAUACACUAACUAGAUCAUUUGUAAAAAGUCACUUCUUCUCAUUGUAAUAUACAGUAUAUAUAUCUCUCACUUCCCCGUUUCCUCCCUCCCUUGGCUGCCCUAAGGUCAAACGUUGCCUAACAAUCCAAUGCUGCUACGGUCAGACAAAACAGGUCGGUGUGUCCCUCACGUACGUACUUAAAGACAAUCCCCCAGGCUAGAAUCUAGACCCUGGGACUAUAACGGGGGAAGGCCACGCCUACCUAGCCUGGGUUCUGGGUCCGCUUGUGCCGUCUCCGUCUGCUGCUGCCACAGCACAACCUGUCGACCGGGCUUGAAUGACCCGGCGGGGUUGUCAGUCCUGACCACAGAAGUAGGCUGGGCGGUACAAACCAGAACCGUUACUCAGGCUGCCUCCUCCCAGUCGGCAUUAAAAAACAAAGACGUGUCCCAAAUGGCACCCUUCUGCCUCCUGGUACACUGCCCCUAGUGCACUACAAAGGGAAAACGGGGCCAUUUAGGACACAGCGACAGUAAGUCUACAGCCGAACUUAAAGCACUUGCUUAGUGUGCUUUUCUUUUUUCUUUUUUGUAAGUGCGUCCCUCUAACUAAUGAUGUCUUCUAACAUUUGGUCUCAUUUUGAAAAGACUUUCAAAUGCUAAUUGCUCGAGUUGUUAAAAACCAAGGUUGGAAUUGUAGCAUUGAGGUUUGCCUUGCUACUAUAUGAGCUUUACUUAAAAGAUUGAAUUGGAUCUUUUCUUGAGUGAGAACAGAACACUGUGCACUUUAGACUGCACUGCUGCAUGAGAUCUCAGUGAAACAGUCGCUGUCAAAGCCAUGAGGAAUUUGUGACUGUGCUACCGUAGGGUGGCAAGAAUCUGGUAACUUUCCCCAUAUUCUCUGGAUUUCUUCGAGAAAUCCUUGCUGGAGGAGUCCUGGAUUUCCUGCAAGUUUCCUGGGAUUUCUUGAAAACCAGGGAUGUUUGGGAGAGUCCUGGAAAAUGUGCAACCCUACUGACGGUCCUAGGCUACUGUUAACUAACCUGCUCCAUGGUUCCAGACCACAGAGACACCUGAUGCCUGCUUCGCGCUAUACUGGACUGACACAUCUCACUGUCCUUUACGGGGGUUUCCAGUAACUGUUCUGGAUGUGUGAACCGGGUGUAACUGGGCUCGGCCCGUAUGGCUUGGCUUGUUAAAGCUCAGUGUCAGAGCCGUUAGUUAAGAGAGAGAUUUGCCAGGUUUCAGUGUGUCUACGCUGUGGUGAUGUAACGAUAGGAGUGUGCCCUCUAACAGUUUACUACGAAGUGCCCGCUGUAAACAAACAAAACAAUGAAAUUAAGAAAAAAUUAAAACAUUUAUUUAGCAUUCUGGGUGAUCCUGUAUGUGUCCACUUCUUCACUAUGUUGUGGUGUUAGCAGUUAACAUAUCUUGAUCUGAAAGAUAAACCGCACAAUUUAGUAUUAUUACUUAGCCACAGCUGUGGAGUAGAAGGCGGAGCUCUUGCAACCUUCAGACUGAAACCCCAUUGGUCAAACUCUCUCUUUACUCGGCUCUGGACACCAGGUUGCCACUCCAAACCCCUCCCACCCAAAAACCUGUAGCCAUAGAAACCGAACCACCUGACCUUCAGUUUACCCAGCAGCAUUUGCUGACCGCCAAGCAACCCUUGAACCCCGUAGCCUUACGGAACGCUGAUGUCAUGUUGGCCGAUGCUGUCACAUCCUUAAUGUUCUCACAGCACCGCUGCUGUCAUUUCCUGUUCAGCAGGCUGUCCGCUGAUGUGAAGUGGAGGUUAAUCCGUAGACCCGUCUCUUAAUCCCUGGUGUCGUAGAAUAACCCUCAGCAGUGUUCAUUGAGCUCGAAACAGAAGACGACACGGAACCUUCAGAGGUGUUAGGUGAACCUACUGUCCCGUGAGGAGCGUCUGUUUCCUUGAUCCAGCCGUGGGUGGUUGGUUUGAUGGUGUGUGGCCUUUUAACUGUGCUUUGUAUUAAUGGUCUUGAUGAGAUUAAUUAAUAAAUCAGUCUUAUUUUAUACUUAAACACA